GAGCCUGCUGUCAGAUCUCUCUGUGGACGGGAGUUUUUAACGCUCCAGAGGUUCGAGAUGUGUAAAAGUUGUCAUCCGGCGUCGCUCAGUGAGCGAGGUUUAGUGUGAAGGUAGAUCGCUAGGAGCCGUAGUGACCUUGGGACCGUUUGCUGAGGGCAGAACAUAAUUCCUGAAGGGACACAUGGUCUAGAGUGACAAGGCCAACUGCUGUAGCGCCAGCACUAGGAGGAAGGUGGAGGGGGUUGGACACUGGGGUGCUGAGAAUUCCUUUCGUUGGGGUGUGGAGGGAGUAGAUAUUCUGGGAUAUCAGUGCUAGCGCUCCACCGGGAAACGUGUUUCUUUGGCGUUUUUCAGAAGGAAAUCCGAGGGAGAAUUUUUAAACUUGAUGCUGAGAGGGGAUCAUUGCGUGGUUAAAUGGGGAAGACGUUUUUUUGGCCCCCGAGCUCUACACAAAGUGCCUGGUGAUAAUGGUCUUGGUGUGUCGCCGUUUUACUUGGGCGGAUCCUGUUUCCUUUCCAUCUCAGCACAGCCGGAGCUGAUAGUGCGGGAUCUGGUAGGCCUUUCUGGCACCGUCCUCUCAGAGGAUCAUCUUCAAGGGAUCUUCUUUGGAGUUGUACUGUGCAUGGCAAGGAUCUACUUUCUUGCUGCCUCACUGAAAUUGCAUGGCCUAAACGAAUGAAUAUUUUUAUGAAGCGCCUCGCACCAGAGAUGGGCCAGGACCAAACCAAGCAGCAGAUAGAGAAGGGUCUGAGGUUGUAUCAGUCCAAUCAGACAGACAAAGCUCUGCAUGUGUGGACAAAAGUGCUGGAAAAGACCUCGGAUCCUGGAGGGAAGUUUCGGGUUCUGGGCUGUCUGAUCACGGCCCACUCAGAAAUGGGAAAAUACAAAGACAUGCUCAAGUAUGCCCUGGAUCAAAUUGACACAGCCAGAGAAAUGGAGGACCCAGACUACCUGACGGAGGGCUACCUGAACUUGGCGCGCAGCAAUGAGAAGCUCUGCGACUACCAGAAAACUGUCUCCUACUGUAAGACCUGCCUAAAUAUGCAGGGCACCACUGUCAGCCUCCAGCUCAACGGCCAGGUAUGCCUCAGCAUGGGCAACGCUUUCCUGGGCCUCAGUGUCUUCCAGAAGGCUCUGGAGAGCUACGAGAAGGCCCUCCGCUACGCGCACAACAACGACGACAAGAUGCUGGAAUGCAGAGUCUGCUGCAGUCUGGGGAACAUCUACGUCCAGCUGAAGGACUAUGAGAAAGCCCUGUUCUUUCCCUGCAAAGCAGCUGAGCUUGUCAAUGACUACGGCAAAGGCUGGAGCCUCAAGUAUCGAGCCAUGAGCCAGUACCACAUGUCUGUCGCCUACAGGAAGCUGGAGCGCCUGCCGGACGCCAUGGAGUGCUGCGAGGAGUCGAUGAAGAUUGCUCUGCAGCACGGCGACCGGCCUCUGCAGGCUCUGUGCUUACUGAACUUUGCAGACAUACACCGUUGCCGGCGUGACGUUGAUAAAGCAUUCCCUCGUUACGAGUCCUCACUGGGCAUCAUGACAGAGAUUGGAAACCGUCUGGGACAAGCGCACGUUUACCUGGGAGUCGCAAAGUGUUGGCUUCAGCAAAAAGAGUUUGACAAGGCCCUUGAAUCCUUGCAGCGAGCGCAGGAGCUGGCAGAUGGGAUGGGAAACAAGCUGUGCACUCUGAAGGUCCACUGCCUGAGUGAGGGGAUUUACCGGAGCCAGGGGCAGCAGGAGGAGCUCAGAGAGCAGGUGGUCAAGUUCCUGCAGUGUGUGGAGGAGCUGGAGCUCUACUGCGGCAUGUGUGGAGAGUCCAUCGGGGACAGGGACCAAAAGCUGCAGGCAUUACCCUGUUCCCACAUCUUUCACCUCAAGUGUCUGCAGACAAACGGGACAAAGGGCUGUCCUAAAUGUUUCAAGUCAUCCAUGAAGCCUGGAUUUGUGUGAUUUUGGGCUGGAGAUUGUGCGUUUGGAUCUGCAGACACGGUGCCUCUGGGCCUCUGGACUGACCUGAGCAGACAGCCUGUGCAGGAGAUGUUUGAAGAGAAAUAAUUCGUCACUCUGCACAGAGGAAGCCGAAGUGAACCCAGAGAGCCGCUUACAGGACACAAUCAAUUCCUCCCAAUUAUUUACACGUCAGCCCGACGCUGACGGAGGAGGUGUGGGUGAUUGUGGUUCGUUUCCAGAUGAGCUGAAGGAGCUGCGUUGUCUCUGAUGGCCGACUUUUCGUCGCAGCUUUUGAAACGGACGUGGACUGUCCACAGAACUUGUAAAACCUAGUGUAAUAGAUAUUUUAUGCAUCAGAGUUGAUUGGAAAACUUGUGAAGGGAUGAUCUUUGAGGAAGAAAUCUGUCUUGUGUCCGUGACCCCGGUCACAGUCGGCUUGUUGUUCGACUUUUCGUGCCACGCCAGUUGAUGUAUUUUCGGCAGAUGAGCCAUUUCUGAAUUUACCUGACACAUGCAUAUUAUAUUUAUUAUUGUAAUCCUGUACAUACUGUCCACAUGUUUAUUUGUCGUAAAAGUUUGAUUCAUUUGAGAUGUUUUGUAAAACCUGAAACUAACUAAAAUCUCUUAACCAUUCAGAAACUAGUAUGUCUUUACAAAACAGGUACAUGCAGCUGUUUGUUCUUCCUUAUUCAGAGAGUAAGGAGCAGGAUCAACACACAUUGUGUUCAUAAAAAUUCCUUUUCUGUUUCAUUUCUGGGAAUGAUUCUCUCUUAACUCGGAUUACAGCAGAUUAUUGUUGCAGUUUGUGAGGGAAAACUAUUGGGAAAGGAUCUUUGACCAAUCACACACACAUAUUCAAUUAUUUAUGGGCGUUAAUACGCACAGUAUGAUUUAACAUUGUGUAUUUAUAGAAAUUAAUUGAAAAAACUAAAAUCUUGGUUGUAAUAUAAGGGAUAUUUAAUUGAAAAAAAUGGAAAGUGAGAAAACUAACUCAAAUAUAUCGUAUCACUGUGUGGUUGCAUGUUUUAUUUACAAUACUGAGCAGCACAACUAGACUACAUCCAUAUGUAACCACAUAUUUACUUAUAUUUCUUGUUUAUUGUGGUAUUUCUUAAUAUUCAUUGAAUUUUAUCAUUGACAUAGACUGUAACUCAUGCUAACUUUUCAUAAAUUGUCCCCACUGAUGGAAAGCUACUUUUACUACCUUUAUUUUUGACCCCAUGCUUGUUGUAGUUUUUCAAACACUUCCCAUUCACACUGCUGUUCGGCACCAAGAAGUCGAAAUGCGUCAUGAAAACCAGAUCAAUCAAUGGUUUUCACAGCUAAAGCCAGUAAAUAAUGCAGAGUUGAGUAAAAAGAAACAGUUUUCACUCUGUACUGAACUCUGUGAUUCUCAAAAAUGUGACGAGGCGGACAGACUGAGAAGACAGAGACCAACACAUUUACUUUUACUGCACCAGCACUUAUAUUUCUCACCGCUUGACUUGUGAGCAACAUCUGCUUCUUGUUUGAUGCCUCUGUUUUGACAGUAAUCUUGAGUCACUGGCUGUUUACAGUGCAGAUAUGAGACACACACUUUCUUGGUUUUGGGGUGUAAAAAAAUGAUGUUACAGACAGUACAGCCACUCAUCUUCUGACAGUAUGAACUACCUCUGUUUCUGCCUCCAAGCUUUGAGGAUAAAUGCAGUAAUACCAUAACAUUUAAGUACAUGUAGAUUUGUUAUGUUUUUCUAGACACCAUGUUGAUAUAACCAUGAUUUAUUUGACUUAGAGACGGACUGAAAUGCAUUGUUAAUAUAUUUAUGCAUUUAUAGUCGAACCAUGGUACUGUGUCACAUGUGGAAAUGUUUCAUGAUGGAAAAUA